ACUACUACACUUCACCGUGUCUCUCCAUCUUUCUCUCUCUCUCUCUCUCUCUCUCUCUCUCUCUCUCUUUCCUUUUCCCAAAUGCCUUCUCUUCAUUUUCUCCAAUGUCUUCCGUUUCUAAUCCUCGUAAUACUUCACUUCAUUUUCCUCGCACGUGCACAGCUACCCGGCACGUGGGAAAUUCUGGUAGAGAACGCCGGCAUAGCUUCCAUGCACACCGCCGUCACGCGCUUCAACACCGUCGUCCUCCUUGACCGGACUAACAUCGGUCCGAGCCGGAAACUUCUCCGCAAAGGCCACUGCCGGUCCGACCGGAACGACGCCGUUUUAAAGCACGAUUGCUACGCCCACUCGGUGUUACUAGAUCUCGCCACCAACCAAAUCCGGCCGUUGAUGAUCCUCACCGACACGUGGUGCUCAUCGGGGCAGUUCCUCCCCAACGGCACGCUUCUCCAGACCGGCGGCGACUUGGACGGCUUUAAUAAGAUCCGGAAGUUCGACCCCUGCGAGCCCAACGGGUCCUGCGAUUGGGUCGAGCUCGAUGACGUGGCGUUGAUCGACGGUAGGUGGUACGCGACGAAUCAAAUUCUGCCAGAUGGAUCGGUCAUCAUUGUCGGCGGUAGAGCCGCCAACACAGUGGAGUAUUUCCCACCGAGAAAAAACGGCGCCGUUUCGAUCCCGUUUCUGGCCGAAGCUGAGGAUAAUCAGAUGGACAAUCUCUACCCUUACGUUCAUCUCCUCCCCAACGGACACCUUUUCAUUUUCGCCAACGACAGGGCGGUGAUGUACGAUUAUGACAGUAACAAGGUCAUGAUGAAAUACCCACCGUUGGAUGGGGGUCCGAGGAAUUACCCGUCGGCGGGGUCUUCGGCGAUGCUUGCGUUGGAAGGGGACUAUUCGACGGCUGUAAUUGUUGUGUGCGGUGGGGCCAAAUAUGGCGCGUUUAUUGAGAGGAGUACGGAUACUCCGGCGCACGGUAGCUGCGGACGGAUAGUCGCCACCGGACCCGACCGGGUUUGGGAAAUGGAGGACAUGGCUUUUGGUCGGAUCAUGGGCGAUAUGGUCAUGCUUCCUACGGGUGACGUGUUGGUUAUAAAUGGGGCUCAAGCGGGUACCCAAGGGUUUGAGUUGGCAUCCGCCCCGUGUUUGUACCCGCUUCUUUACCGACCUGAUCAGCCGGGUGGGUUGCGGUUCAUGACAUUGACCCCGGGUACGGUGCCGAGGAUGUACCACUCGACAGCUAACUUGUUGCCGGACGGGCGGGUACUAGUGGCGGGUAGUAACCCGCACGUCUUCUACAAAUUUGAGGUGGAAUUCCCUACGGAGUUGCGAGUGGAGGCGUUUUCGCCGGAGUACUUGUCCCCGGAUCGGGCAAAUCUCCGACCCGUUAUUGAGGGGAUUCCGGAGACGGUGCGUUAUGGUGAGGCAUUUGAUGUAGUGGUUUCGGUUCCCUUGCCUGUUGUAGGGAUUGUGGAGGUGAAUUUAGGAAGUGCGCCAUUUGCCACGCACUCGUUUUCGCAGGGUCAACGCCUGGUCAAACUAGCCGUUACUCCCACCGCUCCUGCCGGAGACGGCCGGUACAAGAUUUCUUGUACGGCACCGCCUAGCGGCAGGGUUGCUCCGCCGGGCUAUUACAUGGCUUUUGCGGUCAAUCAGGGCGUGCCAAGUGUCGCCCGCUGGAUACAUUUGGUGUCUUAAUUCUUUUCCUUUUCGUUUGUAAUAAUUUGUUCCAAAACUCCCAUCUAGAAUUUUGUAUGAUUGUGUAGAAGAUUAGGUGUCACGGGUGUUAUUCAAUUCUGUAACUGUGGACAGGGAAAAAGAGGUGUUUUGAUUUUAUGGAAUUGAAAUUGGGUAAAGCUUGAUAAAUGACAAACGCCCAAGUAUUAUUUUUA